CCAUAUGCAUAAAAAAUCAUUAAUGUGCAUUUAUGUUUCUCUUUUCACUCUCAGUAUCAGCUUCUUCUCUCUGAAUCCUCUCCAUGAAAUCUCUUUUUCAUCCCUAGUUCUUCUGUUACGUUAUUAUUGUACAUAUUCUUUAUCAAAUCUCAUCAUUAUAUUCUCAUUUUAAUCUUUUGUAGAUCUGGAAAAAGAAGAAUCAGAGGGAAUAAAAGAAGAAACAAAGAAAACAGAGAAAGAAACAGAAGAGUAACUCUGUAGCGCACUCUCUUCCCUCUCAGUAGAUCACUCCCCGCCUGGAAAAGAUGGAAACUUUCGGAGCCAUGAGCUCAGUUUCGCAGGGUUUUACGAAGUCAUUCUUCAAGAUUGAAUUCUCGGAGGUUGGUGACAAAACGUUUUGCGUUGCAGCUAUUCUGGCAAUGCGUAAUCCGAGGAGACUUGUGUUGGCUGGUUGCGUAUCUGCUUCAAUUGUCACGACUAUCCUCUCUGCUACACUUGGAUGGGCUGCUCCUGAUCUGAUCUCUCGCCAAUGGACGCAUCACAUUACAACUUUGUUGUUUUUUGGUUUUGGGCUGUGGUUUCUUUGGUACGGUUUUAAACAAGGAGGAGGACUUCUUCUUCAUCAGAUUUUGAUGUCAUCAGAGGGUGAAAUUUUGAGGGUUUAUACUUUGUUGGCAGGAGGGGCGCAGAAACACCAUUUCUUGUUCAUUCUAAAACAAAAAAAAAAGAAGCAGAAAAGGCCUUUCUUCACACGAUUCUUCUCUCCAAUUUUUCUCAAGGCGUUUUUGUUUACUUUCUUUGCUGAAUUUGGUGACAAGAGUCUGCGUACUACAAUACGUUUAGCUGCAGAUGAAAAUCCAUUUGGAGUGGUUCUUGGUGGAGUUGUCGCACAGCUAUUCUGCACCACUGUUGCUUUGUUAAGAGUAAAGUUCUUGCCGCCUCAGAUGUUGUCCGAGGAAAAAGUUGAACUUGCUGGUAGAAUGCUUUUCCUUGGCUUUGGUAUCCAAUCGUUUCUUACUUCUGUUGACAUCUUAUUCUUUCUCCCCUCUCUUUAUGGUAUAAAUCUUAAUCCUAAUAUAUCAUCAGUCAUUUUUUUUUUUAAAUGAUCUUCUAUCUUCGUCUACUGGGUCUGUGAAAAUGCAGGUUUCUAAGCAGAGCUGAAGAUGACGAUGAAGAACGUCAUUAGUUUCUUAGAUUUUUUAGUCAAUUAAAACUAGAUGCUUACUAGCGUCAACUACAAAACAUAUGUGUAAUAUUUUCUUAGUAUAUCUAUCUUGUUUAAAAUCU